GCACAAACCCAUACCGCAAUGAAAGGAUGGAUUGCUCGAGCACCAGGUGAACUCCGUGGUACGGACGUUGGACGCCAUGUCGCAGCUCGUGUUCAUACCUACCGGUGGCGGCAAGACUGCACUAUUCUAUAUUCCAAUCCUAAUCGUGUUGUACAUGCACGACCAUCCACACCCAAGGUUCAAGACCUUGCCAUUGAAACCGGUCGCACUUGUAGUUGUGCCAUUGAAUGAGCUUGGGAACGAUCAUGUGAACGAGCUCCGGGAGCUCGGGAUAGACUCGAUAGCGUCACACGCUGAAGAACUGGAACGCGUGAAAGCUCAAGGACGCAAUGUUUAUAAGACCGUUUCGAACAGACUCAUAUGCGACAGACUGACCCAGGCGACUCUCAACUCGAAGAUUGAUUGAUGUGCCUUUGUAGCAUAGAGCCAAAUUCCACGGACAAGCGGCAACAAGUUUG